CGGGUCACAGCACCGCUGUGGAAGCUGGCCGGUUGUCGGAGAAGCGCUGGAUCCAACCACAUGGUCCUCACAGGCUGUACACGGCCGAAACAUGGCCCCAUCACAAGGUAUCCAGACUAUGACAUGGACGUGCAGGACAGGUGCCUCCCAAGCUACAUAAGACGCCCCUCCUUCCCGGCUACUGCCCCAUCUAUCCACCCAUCCACCCCGCUACAGACAGCAAGAAAGCAUGGAGCUGGAGAUGCAAGACAAGCGAGCCGACAGUACCGAGACAGGCUGGUCUCCCAACGAGGAGCAGCUCGAGCAACUCUCACAGCCCCGGAGCAGAGACAGCAAACAAGGCAACAUCGUAGAGGUUUCGUUCGAUGACGGCUACUUUCCAGAGCGCUUCAAAGAUCCGCAAAAGACCCCGCCAGCACGGUUCUACCUCGGCAUGGCCAUCAUCGCCUUCAAUGCCUUUCUCGUCUCCCUCUACGCCAGCUCUUACCUCUACGUCGCUCCUCUGGCCCAGUCCGAGUUCCGGGUGGGCGAGGAAGUGAGUCGGCUCCCCUUUGUCCUCUAUGUGAUGGUCUGGGGCCUGGGCACACUCUUUCUAGUGCCUCUCGCUGACCUGUACGGACGUAAACCAAUCUUCAUCGCCAGUUCUGCCCUCUGGGUCAUCUGGCACGUCGGAGCAGCGAGAUCCAACAGCAUGGUCACGCUGACAGUGACCCGUGCGCUUGCUGGCCUGAUGGGAACGGCGACGUUUGCAGUGGGAGGCUCCUUUGCCGUGGAAGCGGCGCAGGGUCUCGUCAUUGCAAAGGGCAUCGUCCUCUUCAGCUGCGGCGUCUUCCUCGGCCCUGCCUUUGGACCCCUCAUUGGAGGCGCGGUUGCCACCUAUGGCGUCUUUGAAGACCAGGAAAAGGCCGGCUGGCGAUGGGUGUUUUACUCUGCCAUCGUCGCCGGCACUCUCUCCCUCCUCCUCUUUGUUUUUGUCUUUCCGGAAACCAAUCGGACGGUGCUGCUGCAGCGAAAAGCGCGCAUGAUCCGCAAACACUACCCCGACCUCGAGGUCCGACUUACGUUCGAGCCGCCGAGACUGGCCGAAAAAAUCACCUACAUCGCCACGACGACGGGGAAAAUGCUCAUCACGGAGCCCAUUGUCGUUUUCAUCAGCCUCUGGCAAACGACGGUACUCGGCGUCCUCUAUCUGUUCUUUGAGGCCUUUCCCAUCGUCUAUGGGCCCAAAGACGUGUACUACCCCAACAGCGGAUACGGCUUCAACGCGUUCCAGAUCGGUCUGGCGUUCAUGGGCGUUGCGCUGGGCAUCACCCUUGGCAACAUCUACGGUGCCACCCUCGACCUGAAGUUCUACACGAAAAUGGUUGUGGCCCGUAAAGGGGCGCGGCCACCCGAGCUUCGAACGUACUUUGGCAUCGGGUCGACGGUCCUUGUGGCCGUCAGCCUCUUCUGGUUUGCCUUUACGACGUACAGCCACUCCAUCCACUGGAUCGUCUCCAUCCUCGCCAGCGUCUUCUAUGGCGCCGGAACGAUGGGCGUGCUCCUCGUCACCUUUGGCUACACCGUCGACACGUAUGGGCCCAAGUGUGGCGCCGCCUUUGCCGCCGAGGGUCUCAUUCGGUCCUGCAUCACCUCUGUCCUGCCCCUGUUCGGCGACAAGAUGUUCCGGAAUCUGGGACCGAGAUAUGCAACGUUGAUUCUCGCGCUCAUCAGCCUUGCCGAGAUCGCCAUCCCAGUCGUUGCGCUCGUGUACGGCAGCAAGAUUCGCGGCUGGUCCAGCCUUGCUGUCAAGGGGUGAUAGCCCUACCUGCUCCUCGUGGACGCCCACAGAGCGACGCACAUGGACUUCUACGACAAGCCCCACACAGGUUGGAGACGGCAGUGGCUGCAGCGGGCGGCCAAGCAUCUUUCCUGAGCACUGCGCUGUCAAACUACG